CGUCGUGGCAUUCUGAGUGUCACUGUCGUCAUGGAGGAGCAGGAAGUAGUGAGCGGGGAAAAUAAAGCUCUCCGGUCUCUAAAUGCUGACAUCAAAACCCACGUUAAUUUUAUUAAUCAGUCGAAACAAAGCGCCCGAGCAUGGUGGUUGGAUUUUUCCGGACAUCCAGUUUCUUAUGGCGAUAUACGAACGAACGGGUUCUUACGUAUGAAUACUUUUCUGACGCAUCCAUGGGUUUUCAGAGCCUCUCGAAAUGGGGCGAAACUUUUAGCUAAUCAGCAAGAUGUUUAUAUGCCAACAGCUGCCACCGAAUAUGAAGAGGAUGGUGACCCCAAGUUUCUGAAUGUUGUCAUAGCUACCCCAGUGUACUCUCUGCAGGAGUGUUGUCUGAUGCUAAUCCGUAAUCUGGUAGAAGAGGAGGACUACGGCAGACUGGACAUCCCCGAGUCACUAAAGACAGACCUCAGACAACAGCCUGACUUACUGAAGGAGCUGGGACUCAUCAACCGUCUCAGAAUGUUGACCUAGGAUCAGUUGUAUCAUUUAGAUCACAAUGAAUCAGAUUACAUGGACAGGGGGGAUGACCUGAUCCUAGAUCAGCUCUCAUACUCUGAGAAGCUUUAUGCAUAACAGGCCACUGAAUAAUGGACUUUCUGUUGACCAAAUGUAGCCCCCCCCCCUCCUGCUAUGAACUCGUUGGUGGCUCUAGAACAGUGAAGUCAAAGUCAGGUUUGGGGAACUGUAGUAGGGUCGCGAAUUAAGAGUACUUAUUAUUAUAAAGAGUACAUAUUAUUGUAUGGGACAAAAAAAAAAUGUAAGUAAAGAAAUAUAUAUUUUUUAAAUGUUUAUUGAAUAAAUGUAAUUGUUUGUUUCUUUUCAUUUUGA